AUGCAACGUCCUUACAAACGCCGGUUUUUGCGUCCAAGUAAUAUGCAUGAGGCCUUUUAUGGCGAUUUCGAAUACGUUGUCACCAAGAAAAAACCUCCAAGGAUAUGUUUCGGUACGGGGUUGGAUCGGGAAGUUCUACCUAUGAAGGGUCCAGCACUCAGCCCUUUUAUGAGGCGGAUGGCACAUGAAGUUAGACCUAACUUAGGACCUGGCUCUUACAACGAUAAUCGUGAUGCGUUUUACAAUAUUAAUAACAGAAUUUAUAGCAAAUGUUACUACGGUCAAAAAUCACCAAGAUGGAAGGUGAGGCACGAAUAUCAACCACCGCCUCAAGAGCCGCCUCCGAAAAAACCAAUCCAUCAGAACUGUGCGCCUUUUAACUCCACCUCCAAGAGAAAGGCGUUAUUCAAGGCUAGUGACUAUCCUGCGCCAUGUGACUAUCUUCCCGAGUACAAGAAACAACAAAUGAAAUUUUCAUAUAGUUUUUCAGGGAAAAAAGUGUUGAAGUGUGCCGUACAGAUUAAAUGCGUUCCUUACAAUUUGGAUGCUUGCGGUUUUUGUGGUUGUUCUUGUUCAGAACAAGGAGACUACUGGCACUUUGAAAAUAGAAUUUUCCUAUGUAGGAAACAUUACUCGAUAUUAUUCAAGCAUUGUCUUGCGAAAUUUCAAGGAGUUAAGUUAACUGAAUUCAAGUCGGUGAGAGAUUGUUUCUUUGCCCAUGCACAUAACAGCUGUAAAGCUGCUCUCAAAAUCAUGAAAAGUGAAGAAAUUGAAAAAAAGUUGAGAAAAGAAGCCUAUCUAGAUUUAUUUUUCCCCCAGCGUAGAUUUUGCAAUAAUUAA